AUGUCCGCGAACGAGAAGAGCGAGAUCGAGAAGCGGGAGCGUGAUUCGGUCUCAGAAGAGUACUCCAAGGAGAUUAGGCACAUCGACAACGCCGGCCCCAUCAAUGAGAACGUGAAGCUCGCGAACCCCCUCGCCGGCAUCCCCCACGAGCAGCUCGCCGAAGACGCCGCCGAGUUCGCGAAAACCCACGGCUUGGGUCAUCUCACCGAAGAAUUCAAGAAGGGCGCUAUCAUCGCCCAGGAUCCCACCGCCUUCGAGUCCUUGACCAUCCUCACCGAUGAGGACAAGGACGUCCUUCGUAGGGAGUUGACACACCGUUGGCAUCAGCCCUGGCAACUGUAUUAUCUUGUAAUUCUAUGUUCCAUGGCCGCUGCAGUCCAAGGCAUGGACGAGUCAGUCAUUAAUGGCGCGAACCUGUUCUUCGUAGCCCCAGAUCAAUUGAACCUACCCCAGACGGGGCCCCGCGCCAGUAGGAACCAAUGGCUCCUCGGCCUGAUCAAUUCCGCACCUUAUUUGUGCUGCGGGAUUAUUGGCUGCUGGGUAUCCGCACCCAUGAACAAGUACUUCGGCAGACGAGGAACGAUAUUCAUUAGCGCGACAGUUUCCUUUGUCACCUGCAUCUGGCAGGGCUUGACUAACACUUGGUGGCAUCUCUUCAUCGCCCGUUUCUUCCUUGGGUUUGGUGUUGGGCCGAAGAGUGCUACCGUGCCCGUAUACGCUGCUGAAUGUGCGCCGGCCUCCAUCCGUGGCGGGCUAGUGAUGAUGUGGCAAUUGUGGACUGCGUUUGGUAUCAUGUUCGGAUACGUGUGUGACCUUGCGUUCUACCACGUUCCGGAUCACCGUCAUGUCCAUGGUCUCAACUGGCGACUGAUGCUGGGCAGUGCGGGCGUCCCUGCCCUCUUCAUCAUGUUCCAGGUGUUCUUCUGCCCGGAGUCGCCGCGUUGGUUAAUGUCAAAGGGUCGCUAUCCUGAGGCAUAUGACUCCCUCGUGAGAUUGCGCAACAAUCCUAUCCAGGCUGCCCGCGACCUCUACUACAUCCACGUACUUCUCGAGGCGGAGGAGCAGAUCAUGGGCGGGCGCAACCGGUUCCUGGAGCUCUUCACGGAGCCGCGCAACCGGCGCGCGACGCUUGCGUCCUUCAUCGUGAUGUUCAUGCAGCAAUUCUGCGGCGUCAACGUCAUCGCGUACUACUCGUCCUCGAUCUUCACCCAAGGAGGUUUCAGCGAGACCAGCGCGCUGAUCGCCUCGUGGGGCUUCGGCAUGCUCAACUGGGUGUUCGCGUUUCCCGCGGUGAAGACGAUCGACACGUUUGGACGCAGAAACCUGUUGCUCACUACGUUCCCGCUCAUGGCGAUCUUCUUGCUCAUGACGGGCUUCGCGUUUUGGAUCCCCCCGGGUAAAGGUCGCUUGGCGGUCGUCGCACUAGGUAUCUAUCUGUACAUCAUUUGCUACUCUCCGGGAGAAGGCCCUGUACCGUUCACGUACUCGGCGGAAGCGUUCCCGUUGGUCACGCGCGACGUCGGCAUGUCCUUCGCGACCGCCGUCCUCUGGUUCUUCAACUUCGUCGUCGCGAUCACCUUCCCGCGGCUGCUCGGCGCGUUCAAGCCACAGGGCGCGUUCGGGUGGUACGCCGGGUGGAACAUCAUAGGGUUCUUCCUCAUCCUGCUCUUCGUCCCCGAGACGAAGGCACUCUCACUCGAGGAGCUCGACCAAGUGUUCUCGGUGCCGACGCACACGCACGCCGCGUACCAGGUCAAGGCGCUCCCAUACAACAUCAAGAAGCACUUCUUGCGCAUGAAGGUCGACCCCCUCCCGCCGCUGUACGAGUUUGAGGCCGCCGUCGGCGAAAAGCACUACGCACCCGGUGGCGCGGGCCAUGCAUGA